AUGUCUAGCUCAAAUCGCGAUAGUGAGCUUGCGGUGCCCCGGCCUAGUUCUAGCGUGCUUCUUAUAUCUCCAAAGAACGAGAUCCUUCUUCUUCAUCGCGUGAAGACAUCUACCUCCUUUGCAUCUGCGCAUGUCUUUCCAGGUGGCAACCUAUCCAGCCAAGAUGGGGAAUGCCCACCACCCGAAGACCUAGCACGGCAUGAAGAUUCCCCUAGCUACCGAAGUGCAGCGAUUAGAGAACUCUUUGAAGAGAGCGGAAUUCUUCUAGCUAAAGACCGUAACUCCGGGAAGAUGCUUGCCGUCGACGAGCCUACCCGAGAGGCAGGCAGACGACUCAUUCAUCAGAACAAAACCACUUUUCAUGAUUGGCUGAAGCAGCAAAGUGCUGAUGCUGAGCCCGAUAUAGGCCAACUGAUUCCCUUUACUCGCUGGAUUACCCCCACGAAUGUCCCCAAGCGGUACACUACUCAGAUGUAUCUAUAUUUCUUGCCUUUGCCCGUCAACCUAGAUAAGAAGCUCCUCGACCAACUCCCAGCAGAAGGCGAACACGAAGAGCAUCAUAUCCCAACGAGCGACGGUGGAAUCGAGGUUACGGAGGCACAGUUUCUUCCAGCCUCAGAGUGGUUCCUUCUUUUGCAUUUGGUGUCAGGAUUUCUGGACAGGGAGCCUCGUGCAAAUGCUUCUGUGGAAGAGAUGGAGAAGCGUCGUCAAGCGCUUGUCGAGUUCGUUCAUUCGGGUUCUCCCCCAUGGACAGAUAAAUGCAUAUCUCCAAAAAUGCUUCUCAUGACCCGUGAUGGGCGAUCUGUGUUGGGUCUGAAUGAUCCCGGGCCUGAGCUGAAAGGGUCCUCGAAGCGAGGCGAGUCCGAGAGAGUGGUUCUUGUGCGGUUCAAGAAAGGAAGUGCACGAGAGGUGGCUGUGGGAUGGAAGAAGGAUGUGCUACAGGAAGAGAGGGAAAAGAAAAAACCCUCCACCUCCAUCCUCACCGUCGCCCGUCAAAACCUCAACACCAAACCCGCCAAAAUGGAGAACGACAAGGGAGAGAUCGUCGAUCUCUACGUGCCCCGCAAGUGCAGCGCCACCAACCGCAUCAUUAAGGCCAACGACCACGCCUCUGUCCAGCUCUCCGUUGGCAAGGUUGACGAGAACGGUCGCUACACCGGCGAGAACCAGACCUACGCUCUUUGCGGCUUCAUCCGUGCCCGCGGCGAGAGCGAUGACUCCUUCAACCGCCUGACCCAGCGUGACGGUUACCUCAAGAACGUCUGGGCCGCCUCCAGCCAGCGCUAA